UUGAAUGGAUUGUGGAUGAUAAUCAACCUUUAACUCAUGUUCAAGUUCGCUAUCAAAAUGCCUGUCAGCAUUCGUGUGCUUUACUAGUCGAACUAUUACCUUGGUGUUUGAUGGUAAAUACCCUGGGUACUCCAGUGUCAGUAAUGCUGAACGGAGUGGAACUAUGUAAAGUACAACACCACGGUAUCAUAGCUCCUCCAAAAUUAGAGGAAACCUUUCAUUUGGGCGUGUUAAGCAGCAACAAGUUGUUCUUUUCUGGGCCUUUGCAGCUGGCUAAAAGUGAUUGGAGUCAGUCGUUUUACAUGCCGAAAAUCUCUGGAACUAUUCCUAUCGAUGGAACAAUUAAAACUAGUAUAAAAUGCGAUCAGCAUUUAUGUAUGGUUUCAAUCACGAGUUUAAUGUCGAAUGAAAUCAGAUUACUAAGACUCUCAUCGACUCAUGUACUGUCAAACCAUUCAUCCACUCAAGUUCACAUCGUUUGCUUGGCUGUUCCUGACUGUAAGGAAUCUUUAAGUUUACCUCAGAACUUGGAGAAGUAUUGUUUUACUGUGGCACCCCAUCUACAAAAAAGUCAUUGCGGCAUUCCCAUUGUACAGUGGUAUAUAAUCAAAUCACCUACGGAAACACCCACUGCCGAGUAUAAUUUAUACAUGACGUUCUCGGUCGAUCCAAAAGUAGGAUGGUCCUGUCCAGUCAGAGUUGAUAAGCCUUUAGUAAGGAAAUCGUUCUCUGUACAGACAAAACAGCUUUCCAUUCCUGUAGUGUUGACAGCCCAAGAGAAUAAAGGCCAAGUGUAUCUAGCAAUCCAUAACGAUCCUAGACCCCUAGAUUUUAUAUAG